AUGGACAAUCAAGAGCCGAUUGAGAUGCCCAAAGGCAUGAAGAAAGAAUUCCUAUCUUUUCUAAAGGUGCAAUACGCCCACGAUCCACCAGCCAUUCUGGUUGCGAACAACACGAGCCGUGGCAAUACUCUGCCAUUACUCAUGACCUGCUCAAUAGCUUCGUUCAAAGGAGACCUAGCAUCAUUCACUGCACCUCCCUUCAUCCUCUCGACCACUUCUAUGGCCGAGUUUCCUACAUAUUGGGUUGAGCAACCAGCAAGAUUCGUUGCACCUUCUCAGGAGCCAAAUCCAUCAAAACGAGCACUCCUCGUACUGACUUGGUUUUUGACGACACUGAAGCAACAAUACGACAUGCGCAAGGAUCGAAAGAAGGGUAAGCCGCUCAAUCCUGUGCUUGGUGAACACUUUCUUGGCAGCUUUCCGGGCAGUUCUUACGGUACCACACAAGUCAUCUCAGAACAGGUCAGUCAUCAUCCACCAGUGACAGCCUAUAGGAUGUGGAACAACGACGCCGGGAUGUCUCUCGAAGGCUACCAUGCCGCCAAGACCUUUUUUGCCAAAGGCAUGAUUCACCUUCAUAAGGUUGGUCAAGUGGUCUUACACAUCGACAAAUACAACGAGGACUAUUUGCUUACAAACCCACAAGUCCAUCUGACGGGCUUUCUUCCGCCACCACCAUUUGCAGAAUUUGACAGCGACACACCAGCUUACAUCCAGUCAACCUCUGGCUACACCACUAAGAUCACAUUUUCUGGCAAAGGUUGGCUAAGAGGAAAGCGGAACUCGUUCUUCGCAACACUGUAUGCAGAAGGAAGAGAGUCGGAGCCGCUGUACACCGCCGAGGGACAAUGGACAGGCACUUUCACCAUCAAGGAUGUGAGAAGAAACGAGGUAAUCGAGACAUACGACGCGACAACCUCAGUGGAGAAGCUAGCUAAAAUAGAUGUCGCACCACUCGAUGAGCAAGAUGCGCUGGAGAGCCGAAGAUUGUGGAGGAAAUUCACAGAGGCAAUGGAGCGGCGGGAUAUGGCUGGAGUCAGUGCAGAGAAGAAUCGAAUAGAGGUGAGGCAGAGAGAGAUGCGGAAGGAGGAGGAAAGAGAAGGUAGGAAAUGGCAGACGAAAUACUUCAGCAACACAGGCAUAGAUCCCAAAGUCGAGGCAUUGUGUGCGAAAAUCGGAUUUUCAAUCCAACCUGAGCUUACUGCUGGCUUUUGGCAGUUUGACGAGGAAAAGUACAGGCAUGCUGCAAAGACACAGGAUGAUCCUUUCGGGGAUGACAAGGCAGUGCCGUCGUAA